AAUGAACGGCCACGAUUAAAAUUAGACGGUUGUUACCAAGAACAAAAACCCUAGCAACAUCGACACUUAUCAUCCUCUUUCUGAAAACCCUAGCUUUCUUCGUCGGCUGCUGGUUUUCCCCUCUCGCUUUCUCUGUUUUUUUAUAUCAAGUAAAAUGAAGGUGAUCGCCGCCUACUUGCUUGCCGUCUUGGGAGGGAACACUAGCCCUUCUGCCAAUGAUUUGAAGGAUAUUCUCGGAUCAGUUGGAGCUGAGGCUGAUGAUGACAGGAUAGAGUUGCUCUUGUCCGAAGUCAAAGGCAAAGACAUCACUGAGCUAAUUGCAUGUGGAAGGGAGAAAUUGGCUUCAGUUCCUUCUGGUGGUAGUGCUGUUGCCGUUGCUGCUCCUACAGCUGCUGGUGGUGGUGGCGGUGGUGCUGCACCUGCUGCUGAGGCCAAGAAAGAGGAGAAGGUCGAGGAAAAGGAAGAGUCCGAUGAUGACAUGGGUUUCAGCCUAUUCGACUAAGCAAGUAUUGCAAAUAUCAAGGCUUCUUAUAUGCAGUCAGUGCUUUUAUUUGAGUGUUACAAGGUUUAUAUGUUUGUUGCUCUGUAGUUGAACAUGGUUUUAGAUCUUCUUGGAACUUUAAGUUUUGUUUGGAAAAUGUAGUUAAAGAUAUUACCUUUUCAGUUAUAA